AUGCUCAGUCUCGCCCGCAAGACCUUGAACCGCGUUCCCAGCUUUCAGGAUAUCCUACAAGGCAGAAUGACCCACCCCGAUAUUUCCGUCGACGUCCUCGUCAUUGGCGCUGGCCCAACUGGUUUGGGUGCCGCUAAGCGUUUGAACCAGAUCAAUGGCCCCUCGUGGUUGAUCGUCGACAGCAACGAGACCCCCGGUGGUCUUGCUUCGACCGAUGUCACCCCCGAAGGCUUCCUCUACGAUGUCGGUGGCCACGUUAUCUUCUCCCACUACAAGUACUUCGACGACUGCAUCAACGAGGCUCUCCCCAAGGACGACGACUGGUACACCCACCAGCGUAUCUCCUACGUCCGCUGCCAGGAGCAAUGGGUUCCCUACCCCUUCCAGAACAACAUCUCCAUGCUUCCCAAGGAGGAGCAGGUCAAGUGCAUUGACGGCAUGAUCGAUGCUGCUCUCGAGGCCCGCGUGGCCAACACCAAGCCCAAGGACUUUGACGAGUGGAUCGUUCGUAUGAUGGGAACUGGUAUCGCCGAUCUCUUCAUGAGACCCUACAACUACAAGGUCUGGGCUGUGCCCACCACCAAGAUGCAAUGUGCCUGGCUCGGUGAGCGUGUCGCCGCUCCCAACGUCAAGGCCGUCACCACCAACGUUAUCCUUAACAAGACCGCCGGUAACUGGGGCCCCAACGCUACUUUCCGUUUCCCCGCCCACGGUGGUACCGGUGGUAUCUGGAUUGCCGUUGCCAACACCAUCCCCAAGGAGAACACUCGCUUCGGUGAGAAGGGCCGCGUCACCAAGGUCAACGCUGGCAACAAGACCGUCCAGCUCGCUGAUGGCACCACCGUCGGCUACAAGAAGCUGGUCUCCACCAUGGCUGUGGACUUCCUUGCUGAGCAGAUGGGUGACCAGGAGCUGGUUGGCCUCACCAAGCAGCUCUUCUACUCCACUACCCACGUUAUCGGUGUUGGUAUCCGUGGUACCCGUCCCGAGAGAAUCGGUGACAAGUGCUGGCUCUACUUCCCCGAGGACAACUGCCCCUUCUACCGUGCCACCAUCUUCUCCAACUACUCUCCCCACAACCAGCCCGAGGCCUCCAAGAAGCUCCCCACCCUGCAGCUCGCCGACGGCUCCAAGCCCAAGAGCACCGAAGCUGAGGAGGGUCCUUACUGGUCUAUCAUGCUGGAGGUUUCCGAGUCUUCGAUGAAGCCCGUCAACCAGGAGACCCUUCUGGCCGACUCCAUCCAGGGUCUGGUCAACACCGAGAUGCUCAAGCCCGGCGACGAGAUCGUCUCUACUUACCACCGCCGCUUCGACCACGGUUACCCCACCCCCUCCCUGGAGCGUGAGGGUGCCCUCACUCAGAUCCUGCCCCGCCUCCAGGCCCAGGACAUCUGGACCCGUGGCCGCUUCGGUAGCUGGCGCUACGAGGUCGGUAACCAGGACCACUCUUUCAUGCUUGGUGUCGAGGCUGUGGACAACAUUGUCAACGGUGCCGUCGAGCUUACCCUGAACUACCCCGACUUCGUCAACGGUCGCCAGAACACCGAGCGUCGUCUGGAAGACGGUGCUCAGCUGUUUGCUAAGUCCAAGGCUCAGUAA